CUGGCUUCUUUGUCUGCGGGCGGCGGCCGGCUCGGCCCCGGCCCGGGUCCCCUGGCCCGGACGGUGAGAUGAAUCUGUAAUCGGUGACCGCCCGGCACCCGGGGCGAAGGCGGCUGGGGCUCGGGCUCCGAUGGUCUGGAAAUUAUACUUCAGUGUCACAUCAGCCUUUGCUCUUCUAAUCCCAUCUUACCCAGGAUGCACUAGGUGUGGGCAGGCGCCCACCCAGCUGACACUGGCCAUGGAUCCUGGAGCCCGGUCUGACUCGUCUCUGACAGUCAAUGAGCAGGUCAUCGUGAUGUCAGGCCACGAGACUAUUCGAGUCCUGGAAGUUGGAGUGGAUGCCCAGCUCCCCACUGAGGAAGAGAGCAAAGGCCUGGAGGGUGUGGCGGCUGAGGGCUCCCAGGUCGGAGGCCCCAGUGAAGCCACUGAGCCUGCUGGCGAAGCUGGGCCACAUACCCCAGACCCCUCGGUAGAGGCAACUGUGAAGUCACUCCCUGGGAUCCCUCCAAGUCCUGCCCCUACCAUGGCCACCUUCAGCCAGGCCCCAAGCCAGCCUCAGGCAUCGCAGACCCUGACGCCACUGGCUGUACAAGCUGCCCCCCAGGUCUUGACUCAGGAAAACUUAGCCACAGUUCUGACAGGAGUUAUGGUUCCAGCAGGGGCAGUUACUCAACCUCUUCUUAUCCCCAUCAGUAUUGCAGGUCAAGUGGCUGGGCAGCAGGGGCUGGCCGUGUGGACAAUUCCUACAGCAACUGUAGCUGCCCUCCCAGGACUGACCGCUGCUUCUCCUACGGGGGGAAUUUUCAAGCCACCAUUAGCUGGUCUCCAAGCAGCUGCCGUGCUGAACACCGCCCUCCCGGCACCUGUGCAAGCUGCCGCACCGGUCCAGGCCUCCUCGCCAGCCCAGCCCCGGCCACCAGCCCAGCCCCAGACGCUGUUCCAGCCCCAGCCGCUGCUGCAGACCACACCUGCCAUCCUCCCGCAGCCCGCCGCUGCCCCCACCGCUGCCCCCACCCCCAAACCAGUGGACACCGCCCCACAGAUCACCGUCCAGCCUGCAGGCUUCGCACUUAGCCCGGGAAUCAUCAGUGCUGCUUCCCUGGGGGGCCAGACCCAGAUCCUGGGCUCCCUCGCCACAGCUCCCGUCAUUACCAACGCCAUUCCCAGCAUGCCGGGGAUCAGCAGUCAGAUCCUCACCAAUGCUCAGGGACAGGUUAUUGGAACACUGCCAUGGGUAGUGAACUCAGCUAGCGUGGCGGCCUCGGCACCAGCACCAAGCCUGCAGGUCCAGGCCGUGACCCCCCAACUCUUAUUGAAUGCCCAGGGUCAGGUGAUUGCGACCCUAGCCAGCAGCCCCCUGCCUCAGCCUGUGGCUGUCCGGAAGCCGAGCACCCCGGAGUCCCCUGCUAAGAGUGAGGUGCAGCCCAUCCAGCCCACACCGGCUGUGCCCCCGCCUGCGGUGGUAAUCACCAGCUCAGCCCCAGCAGCCAAACCGUCUGCCUCUGCUCCCAUCCCGAUCACCUGCUCAGAGACGCCUACAGUCAGCCAGUUGGUGUCCAAGCCACAUACUCCAAGUCUGGAUGAAGAUGGGAUCAACUUAGAGGAGAUCCGGGAGUUUGCCAAGAACUUUAAGAUCCGGCGGCUCUCCUUGGGCCUUACACAGACCCAAGUGGGUCAGGCGCUGACUGCGACAGAAGGGCCAGCCUACAGCCAGUCAGCCAUCUGCCGCUUUGAGAAGCUGGACAUCACGCCCAAGAGCGCCCAGAAGCUGAAGCCCGUGCUGGAGAAGUGGCUGAACGAGGCGGAGCUCCGGAACCAGGAAGGCCAGCAGAACCUGAUGGAGUUCGUAGGUGGCGAGCCCUCCAAGAAACGCAAGCGCCGUACGUCCUUCACGCCGCAGGCCAUAGAAGCCCUCAACGCCUACUUCGAGAAGAAUCCGCUGCCCACGGGCCAGGAGAUCACGGAGAUUGCCAAGGAGCUCAACUAUGACCGGGAGGUGGUGCGGGUCUGGUUCUGCAAUCGGCGUCAGACGCUCAAGAACACCAGCAAGCUGAAUGUCUUUCAGAUCCCUUAGGACGUGGCUCCAGCCCUGUGUUCCAGCACGUUCUACUGUUCCCUCAGCACCAGCUGUUGACACUGCUGUGACAGUAUCGUGUGCAACUGUGCUUGCCCUAGGUCACGAGACUUCUGUGUGCAUGUGUGUCAGUGACGCCCUCUUCUGUCUCUCAUAUGCCACAUUCUGAGGAGGUCAGCGGGACCACAUGAGAGCCCCAGGCUCUGGACUGGGCAUGCUAAGGAGGGCAUUUAUGGUGUCACUUAGAGAAGCACUUUGCUAACAUGGUUUCUGAAGGGUGAGUCCUGGUUGGGAAUCAAAAAGGUUCUGUAUUUGGGGCAGGGCUCUAGCAGCUCCUGGAGACUACUGGCCAUUAGCUCUUAUUUUCUGUGGCACUGUCUUUCUACCCUCAUCUCCUUUAUUAUGGUGGCAGGCGUGACAACUCAUUCCGUGGAACCGCAUCUUCCCCUGUUUUGCAUACAGGCAUGCUGAACGCCCGAAAGCACCAAGGUGAUAAAAUUCAGAACAGUUCAUGGUGCUGCUCAGACCUUGACCUUAAGGUCAGAAGGUCCCCAGCUCCUCUGCCUGGUUCCUUUGGUGGGGGGGGGGGGGGCAGUCACUAAAGCAGAACCUUUCUUCUCCAGUUGGAAGGAAGCAACAGUGAACUCUCCUGUCCUGGACUUAUCCUAGGUCCACUGCCAUCCUCCCAAAUUCUAAUCUAAUCUUUGCCCGUGGCUAUCCUCCCAACAAAGAGUGUAGUUGAGAGCAGCCGGGGAACUAUGCACUGCCCUUGCUAACAUCAGCUCUAGAGAAAGAGGAGGAAGGCAGGCAGCUGUGCUCAGCACUGUACCACCGAUGCAGAGACAGGAGGAGGAAGGGAACAAUGACCUGCUCGCUCUUCUUGUGCCCAUGCCUGCCCCAACCCCGUAGGGGGUCCUCUUCGGAGGGGUACAUGAAACAGACAGCAAGGCGCUGGGGGAAGGACGCCAUCCUGAAAGAGCUGAUGGUAGCCCAGGAAGGUCUCUUGUGGAAGCUGACUUAACUGUGGUUUUCUUUGUAAACUGACUUUGUCCAGAAUCACUGGCCCAGGUCUCUACAAGCAAUCCUCCAGUUCUUUGAGUCAAAAAAAGCUCCAGAUCAGGAUGGGCUCUGCCUCUGGACAGGGUAGCCGUGGCAUUUGGGGGUUGAUAUCUUAUCCAAGCAGCUGAAGGAGUUUCCAGCCUCCCUGUGACUGGGCAGGCCUUUCUGUUCAGUUUGUUGGCUGGGGCUGUAGCUCAGUGGUAGGAGUGCUUACCUAGCACGUGUGAGGCUCUUUUCUGUCUCCAGCACUGAGAAAAGAAAAAUUAGUGUGUGACCGUAGGAGGUCAGGAGAGAACUAAAAAAGUUUGAGUGAAUCCAGUGUAGACCAUCCCUAUAAGACCACAAGUUCUAGGGGCUGGCUACCUUCUUCACGACUUUUUUAUUUGUCUGUUUUAUCUUUGUGAGACAAGAUCUCACAUAGUCUAAGCUGGCCUUGAACUUGCUAGGUAGCUGAAAAUGACCCUGAGCUCAUCCCUCCUGCCUUCACCUCCCAAGUGGUGAGAUACAGGCUCUUCACUACUCUCAGCCUUAAAGAGCCUGGUCCCUGGAAGCCGUCCACCACCACAUCACACCUAACCUACCCCUAGGGAGUGACAGGCAAGGGCAUGUCACCACCUCUGCUGGUCUCUGGUGCAGAGUCACUUGCAGCCUAGCUCCCUGUGGUGUGCCGCGUCCUCUCCUGCUUAGUGCCGGUCCAUCCCAGGCCCUGCAGUACCGGUGUGAGGCCACUUGGCAGACCUGCCAGCAAAAAGGACAGUUGUGUGUUUAAAGGACACAAAUAGACACACAAGCUUACACACAGGAGACUCACAGCAGUGAGACCAGCCACAUCGCCAGAGCACGGCAGGUGUGAAGAGGCAGUGGCAGAUCGUCCAACUCCGUCCAGGAGACACCAGGUCCCCAUGGGAGAAGCGCCACACUCAAGGUCAAGGUUAUCAGCCUGCCUCAGUGUGAAGGGGAAUGCACUGGGGAGGGGUAUUGUAAACACGUUCUUAGCAAGAAUCCUUACGAUGAAUUACUUCAGUGAACUAGACUAGGUUUUCAUGUUCAGACACCUCAUCAGGAAUGCUGCUUUUGGGGGUAGGCAAGGGGGGUGGGCAGGUCAAAGCUGACUCCCCUGGGGAAGUAGCAAACUUACUGCUCACAGUGAUACAGGCUGUAGACACGCAAGGGAAUACUGUUAUGUGGCAUGAUGGGGGGGGGGGCAAAAAAAUCAUGAACCACUGGUCUGAAUUAGGCCUCACCAUGCUUUCACGACCCCUCCCUUGUCUAAAUAAAUGUCUUCCCAAGGCUGGGCUAAAACUAACCCAUUUUCUCCCGUGCUGGAAAGAUGGAUGGGUCUUUCAGAACUAUACCAGAACCUGGAUGUUCACAGGCUUGACUGCCCAGGCAGUGGAGAUGCAGGGCAUGCCCGAGGUAUACCCCAAAACAGCGCUCACUGGCCUGUGACCUCUACCCUUGGGUUCCCCCACCAUGGGACCGCCCAGAAGCAGCUGGUGCCUGGACCACUUUUCUACAAGCAGUUUUUGUUACUUUUUUGUCUUUGCUAGCAUUAGGCUCUGAAGAAGAGAGUUAAUAUGUCUCAUUUUGAAGGCAUCUUUAUUGACCUAUGUCAGAGCUCAGUGACUUCUUGCCUUGGAAAGAUGGGAAAUGGGAAGAAAUGCUUUUAUCUGUGUGGCUCCUUUGUUUUAAAUGAAGGAAUACCAAAACUUCUAUGGCUUGCUGACUCAACUGGAGCCUUUGACCCUGUACUAACCAUGGCAUUUUAUCCAGGCAAAGUCCAGGGAAGAGUUUGGUCACGUGAAUUGAGGGCCACACUUGAUCUAGGAAUGAGAAAGCUGGAUGUGUCUGUGUUCUCGGAAGUCCAAUCACUUUCCUGUGUCCAGAUUUCCUUUCUUGUCUCAGGCCCCAUCCAACGUUAAUGGUCUGGUUGCUCCUGGUACAGGGCACUGCCCACUGACGGCUGGGGGGCGGGAUGGGGAGAGGCGCUUGAUGUAGUUGUGUGGAAUAAACUGUAUUUUUUCUUUUGUA